AUGGUGCUACGUCGACUGUUCUGCUUCCUCACGCUCCUCCUCCUCGCCGCGUGCACCCAGCGGGUAUUUAGGCUCGUCGGCAGUCCGGAACCGGUGGCUGAUCUCUCCUCUACGAAUCUGCAGACGUUGUUCUCGAGUGCACAGCGACAAUGGAUGGGUCAACAUGUGCCUGGUGGCCGUGAUGGCGUCUCUGAUCAGGUCCGUGAUCAGCGAGUGCGAAAGCAGCUGUACUCCCGCAAAUUCUGG